AUGAUUUCUCUCAGAAUCAACGAAGGCAUGAUACAUCAUUGGCGAACUCAAGGAUAUACCCAUCUUCAUUAUGGAGCGAUAUGUUUGGCGCUAACACUCCAUGGCAGAAAAGGCUUACCAGUUGUAGCACGGGUAGCUCUCCUCGACACCCGAUACAAGGAAUACCAACAUGCUUGUAUUGCAACUAUCCAGACAACACUAAACGCUGGCACUGUUUUCGUCACCCUCUUCCCAAAUUUCAACGUGGCAUUGGAAGACCCUCAAAUAUAUCAGAACAUGCAAAUCCAGCUGCAAAUCACAGGAGCUCCACAAAUUGGAAACACGUAUGCAGCAACGCUUCACCAUCAAAUGGCGUAUAGAGUCCAAAAUCAUGCAAUGGACUUAAGUCUCCCUAGAGACACUGAAGAUGCGCUACUCAUACAAUUGGAAUCCCAGCAUAGCCCGUCGUGCAUCCAUAUUCCUAGACAGAUUCCUAGAGAUGAGCUUGUCAAGUUGCUUCCAGAAUCAUGGGUUACCAAUUACGAAAAGCUCCAUGACCGUAGCACCCCAAUACAAUCGGUGGACUCUUCUAUUCAUAGGAGAAAAGAUGGAGCUGUAGAGAUUGCUUUUAAGCAACAAGAAGAAAAGUCAAGACCAACGGCUUUCUGCACAGAAAUCAAUAUAAUUACUCCUUUUGAAGAAGCUCAAACUUUGGAAAACCAUCCACGUUUAGAUGGUGUUCCAAUCUCAUCUUUUGAUUCGCUGGGAGAUCCCAUUUACUCUUUUCAAGAUGAAAAGGGCCACAAAUUCUUUGAUGUUUGUGAUUGCCAACACUGCCAGAUGAAUAGUUCUGAUGAUGAUGACACCCCAAGGCGAAGGAGAAAAAAGAAAACUACACAACAAACCCUCAAAGAACGAUUUGAGUCUGGAGACACACAAGUUGGCCUUCUCGGAGAACCAAGUGGCAAGAAUUUUGAAUACUAUGUAUUGUAUUCAGGUGGCUCAACUCCCACAACACCUGACAAAGAAGAGGUACAACUGAGUUACAUGUUCGGACCUCCAUCACAGUAG